AUGAGUGCUAUACCACCAGAUAUCGGAAAUCUUUACAAUUUGAAGCAAUUAGGAUUGGGUUUCAACAGCCUUAGGGGUGUUACUCCAGAAACGAUUUUCAACAUCACGACAAUACGGGACAUUUAUCUUCAGGACAAUCAUCUUUUAGGCACUCUUCCAUCAAGAAUUGGCCUUUGGCUACCCAAUCUUGAAACAAUUUCACUAGGACAUAAUUACUUCAAUGGAAUUCUUCCCGACUCUAUCUCAAAUGCUUCUAGAAUUUCUAAAAUACAGCUUCAGUUCAACCAUUUCUCUGGUACAAUACCCAAAUCACUUGGUAACCUAGAACUCCUUGACCGUCUUAGCUUGGCAUCAAACAACUUUACUAAAGAAUCUUCAUCAAUGGAGUUAAGCUUCUUCACUACAUUGACAAAUUGUCGACGUCUAAGAAUAUUGUGGAUAUCCUAUAAUCCUUUCAAUGGCUUUCUUCCAGCUUCCAUUGGAAAUCUCUCAAAUUCUAUUGAAUCUUUUGAUUUAGGUUAUUGUGAAAUUAAGGGCAGCAUCCCUAACGAGAUCGGCAGUUUAAGCAGUUUGGCACACUUAAAUCUACAAGGCAAUGACUUGAAUGGAUUCAUUCCGCCGACGAUCAAAGAGUUGUGGAAGCUUCAAGUUUUGCAACUAGAUUAUAACAGAAUACCAGGAUCUAUUCCAAGGGAUCUGUGCUAUUUAAGGAAUAUGGGCCGUCUAGAUUUGAGCAACAAUGGGUUUUCUAACACUGUGCCGAGAUCUUUUGGAGUUCAACUUUUCCUCAAAUUCCUUAUCUGGCUACUUACCCUCAGAAAUUGGAAGUCUAAAGGUUGUGGGAUAAAUAGCUCUAUCGAGAAAUCAAUAUCAUGUGUUGUCCCUAGCACAAUUGGGGCCCUACAAUAUCUUUCGACUCUGUUAUUAGCAGAUAACAAAUUGCAAGGACCUCUUCUUGAGUCAGUUGGCAAUUUGAUAAGCCUAGAGUUCUUGGAUUUGUCUCAUAACUGUAUCUCUGGAACGACUCCAAAGUCCUUAGAGGUGCUUUUGCAUCUUAAAUACCUUAAUGUAUCUUUCAAUAAAUUAAGAGGAGAAAUUCCAAAUGUUGGACCUUUUGCAAACUUCACUUAUCUAUCUUUUAUGUCAAAUGAAGAUUUGUGUGGUGCUCCUAGAUUGCAUGUGCCUCUAUGCAAACCUAGUGCUCUUCAAAGAUCAAGGAAGAAAAGAGUGCUUCUAGUUGUAUAUGUCUUGCUAGCGUUUGUGACAACAAUUCUUGCCUUGACUUUAAUAUUCGUUUUAAUCAGACGACAAAGGAGAAAUAACAUCCUGAUUGAAAACGAUUAUUCACCUGCAAUAGCCCAUGGAAGAAUUACAUACUAUGAACUUCGACGAGCAACUCACGAGUUCAAUGAAAACAACUUGCUUGGCAGGGGCAGCUUUGGUUCAGUUUACAAAGGGAUCCUUACAGAUGGGACACAACUAGCCAUAAAAGUAUUCAAUUUGCAACUCGAAGGAGCAUUCAGGAGUUUUGAUACAGAAUGUGAAGUAUUGCGCAAUCUUCAGCACCGAAAUCUUACCAAAGUCAUCAACAGUUGUUCUAAUCUUGUCUUCAAAGCAAUAGUGCUUGAGUAUAUGCCCAAUGGAAGCCUAGAAAAGUGGUUGUAUUCCCCCAACUAUUUCUUAGACAUAAUGAUAGAUGUGGCACUUGCAUUGGAUUAUCUCCACCAUGGUUACUCAAUUCCCGUGGUUCAUUGUGACUUGAAGCCUAGCAAUCUCUUGUUAGAUGAACAUAUGGUUGCACAUGUAAGUGAUUUUGGCAUUGCCAAAUUACUGGGUGAGGAGAGUAUUGCACUAACCAAGACUCUGGCUACAUUGGGGUACAUUGCACCAGGUGAUGCUUUUAACUUUUUAAUUUGUACUUAUUUGCACUUGGAUUCUCUUUUCCACUUUGAUUUUUUUAGGGGGGGGGGGGCGCGAAUAAAUCUUACGAGUGUUAUUAUUUUUCAAAUGAAUCGUAUGAUGGAUGCAGAGUACGGAUUGGAAGGAUUAGUCUCUACAAUGUGUGAUGUUUACAGCUAUGGCAUUUUGUUGAUGGAGACUUUUACAAGGACAAAACCCUGUGAUGAAAAGUUUGGUGGAGAUUUGAGCCUCAAGCAGUGGGUGAAUGAUUUACUAGCAAAUUCCAUAAUCCAAGUUAUCGAUGCCAAUUUAGUAAGGUCAGAGGAUGCAAACUUGAACGUGAAGGUGCAAUGUGUGUCAUCCAUUAUGGAAUUGGCUUUGAAAUGCUCUGCAGAGCCACCUAAAGAGAGGAUUAGCACGAGGGAUGUUGUAGCAGCUCUUCAAAAGAUCAAACUUCAAUUUCUUGCAAAGUGCAAAAGGCUUUGA